GAAGAAAAUCAAGAAACAAAAGCAUGUCUUCGGUUGCAGAUGAAGUGAGACCAAAGGCGAGGGUGUACAGGGGAAACGCCGAGUGCAGAGAGAGGACGAGGCUUUUCUUCAAGGAGCUGGCCGUGCCCAAUGGGUUGCUGCCAUUGAAGGGCAUCGAAGAAUUCGGUUACGAGGAGGAGACGGGGUUCAUGUGGAUGAAACUGAAAGAGAGCAUAACCCACAGGUUUCGAAAGAUCGGGAAACUUGUGUCUUACGGUAACGAGAUCACGGCCGUGAUAGAGAAGGGUAAGCUGAAGAACCUGACCGGCUGCAAGGGGAAGGAGCUUUUCUUGUGGAUAACGAUCAAAGAGAUGAUGGUAGAUUACCCCACGAAGGGGAAAGUCACGUUCAAGAUCCCGUCCGGACUGUGCAAGACGUUCCCCAGCUCGGUGUUUGAGGACACUGAUGACGAGGACGAGGAGGACGUAGACGGUUAAAGAGGUCUGGCUGUUGUUUUUGUUUCACUGAUUCAAGAAAUUGUUAAGAACCAAAUCUUGAAAAAGUUUGAUUUUGAGUUUGUGUUUGUAUGCAUCUGUUGUCCUAAGCCGUUGUGUCUGAAGCUUUCAUGUUUCCAUAGCAUUAUCCCAUCGAUAUCAGUAAAAGUUUGCUUUCUGUAUA